AUGGACAAGCGACAACUCACCUCUGGACCCGGCUGUGGCCACAAGUUCAAGGCCACGAUCAUUGGCACAGGAGAACCGCGACCCGCAGCCUUAUGGAGCCUCUGGAGCCACCUGCAAGUGCACGCGCCCUCUGGGGAACAUAUGGAGAAUGCUCCGCUGAGGGGAAGUGAAGUGGAAGAAGGGUGUUGGAGCGAGCAGAGACGUGAGAGGUCAGAAGAGGCAAUCAGAAAGGGUAAUCGUAUGGACGGAGGCGAAAAGGAUUACCUCGAUCUUACGAACGAAUUCUGA